UGUGCGAUUCGUGGACGGGACCGACGCACAUGAGCAUUAUUAAUUUCCUCAUAUAUUGCAAUGGUCGUAUGUUUUUUCACAAGUCUGUUGAUGCGACCGGCUACAGUCAAGAUGCUAAAUAUUUGAAUAAGGAGAUAAGAGCAGUGGUAACUGAUUUAGGUCCAGAAAAUAUUGUACAGAUUGUGACUGAUAACGGGUCCAACUAUAAGAAGGCAUGCCAGGUUUUGAGAAGGGAAUAUCCUGCUAUCGCGUGGCAGCCUUGUGUGGCACACACGAUAAAUUUAAUGUUGAAGUCGGUUGGCGAUUUUAGAGAACACGACAUUGUCAUCCAAAGUGCAAGGGCUAUAUCACGAUGGCUGUACAAUCAUUCGAAACUACAUGAAAUGAUGAAGGCAGCAAUUGGUGGAGAGUUGGUGAGGUGGAAUGCCACAAGAUUUGGAACUAACUACCUAUUUCUUGAUAGCUUUCUACGACGAAAGGACAGGUUCAUGCAAUGGAUGGCAUCUAGUGAGCUCCAGCAGUCUCGAUACAUUAGUUCUGAUAUUGGAAGAUAUGCACAUAGUUGCCUAUCCAGCUUACCAUGGUGGGACAAUCUAAAAAUGGUUGUUGAUUCCGUCCAGCCAUUGUAUGCAUUCCUCCGUUUUGCGGAUCAGGACAAAGUGCCAACAUUGAGUGAGGUGCUCCUGAGAUACACCAUUGUGAAGCAUGAGUAUGAAUCAUUGUAUAAGAAUGAUAGGGAUUCUUUGGAUAAGUACAUGGUAAUUGUCGAUCGUAGAAUGAAUGAUCUAGCCAAUGGGACAUACAUGAAUGCCGCGGCCGCUUUGAACCCCCGCACGCAUUACGCGUAUGGCACAGGUCCAACCUUGUUCGAAGAUCUCCGUGAGGCAUUUGAGCGGCUGACUGAUGUUACUACUGCCGCGGAAGCACUUAUUGAGGCUGAAACGUAUCGGACAAAGUCUCUCUCAUUCUCAGGUCCUCUAGCUGCACGGAUGGCUUGUGACGGCAGGACUCAUCCGGCGCAAUGGUGGUCCAUGUUUGGUUCAUCUACACCUACACUAUCAAUGCUUGCUAGACGCCUAGUGUCACAGUGCGCCUCAUCUAGUGGUUGUGAGAGGAACUGGAGUACAUUUGCUUUCAUCCACACCAAAGUUCGCAACCGAUUAAGCUACAAGAAGCUCCAUAAGUUGGUGUAUGUCAACUACAACCUAAGAAUACAAAACAACUUGGAUGCAGGUAUCAGGUCAACUUUUGAUGAUGAUCCAUUUCAGCGGCUUAUGGAGCUCACAUUGAAUGAGGAUAACAAUCCGCUCCGGGACUGGAUGGAGACCGGGAGAUCAAAUGCAGCCCCUGAGCUUGACGAGGAGGACACAGAUAGCGACGUACCCUUGCCUACUCACCUGGUGACAGACCCAGUGAACACACCUGACUUGCAACAAUGGGCUGCUACAACGGUUGGUGACACACACACGGGAAAGAGGAAGAAGCAAAUGACGCAAAGAAGGAAGAGCAAGAGGACUAAGGGCAAGGGCAAAAGACAAGUGCAAAGCGAUGAGAGCACGAAUAGUGACCCAAAGAGCCCAACUUACCAAGAAUCGAAUGACAGCAGCUCAAAGACUGACAGCGGUGAUGAUGAUGGUCAGGGCGGUGAUGCUCAUCCAGGCCAAACAUCUGUCGUUCCUCCUGUGCAAUUCACUGGUGAGAGUCAGUUUUCACAUGCCACGCAAGAUCAGGAUCACGGUGCUCCAUCCUCACCAAGGCAUAUAACACACGGUGGCCACGAUGGACCACAGGAUAGUGCGAGCUAUUCCAGCAGCUAUGGCAUGGAGAGUAGUUCUGGAUCGUACCCGUACCACUAUCCUGCCCCCAAUGCUCAUUCAGAGCCUCCUAUUCAUUGGGUUUAUGAGUGGCAAGACCCUGAGUUUUAUGCCACUUUGCAAGGACAAUGGUCAACCACUUCUGCAUGGACAGGACAAACUUGGGCUGAGUUCAAAGUAGAGUUACUAUCGACACGACGGCUAAUGCUAAUGUCCACCGAUGAGUACAAUAUGGCCGAAUGUAAUCGGCCACCAAGCUGGUGGUUCUAAAGGUGAUGCAGAUUUCCUUUCGAAGGUCAUGAUAAUUCCAUAAAUAUUUAUUAUUUUCAGGCGCUGCAUAUGUAAUAUACGCAUAUAUU